AUGGGGACCACUGCAUGUGGUUGGAGACGCUGCAAAAUGUGCCUGCUGGUCGAUGUCAGUGGUGCUCUUGUUUUCGGCUUUUAUUCAGAACGAAUGAUAUGGUCUGGUGUAGUGUCCGUUCGGAGUGGUUACUAUACUGGUGGUAUAUUUGACCUCCGGCUACAAAUACCUUCAGAUUUUCCGUCACCUGAAUUGCCGCGCGUCUACUUACCGAAGGGUUUUUUUCAUCCGUACGUGCAAGCGCAGACGGGCGAACUGUCAAUAACCUCUGCUUUUUCGCGCUGGCAGCCGGACCGUCACCAUCUAUGGCAUGUAUUGCAUCAUGUGCGGUCCCUGUUAACCAGCCCCACCAGUUGUAUCCGGGAGCACUCGGCUGAACAAAUUCACAUGUUAACUCGAUCCUCCAUCUACCCAAUAGAUCCAGCGGACAGCUCGUGUAUGACCUACCCCAAUCCAGAGGCAGCCGAUCUGAUAGUGAAUCACAAAACCUUAUUCGAAGCGAGAGCUCGGAAUUGUGUGAUGACCUUGUCACUUUGGUCACCAUCAUACAAAAAUGGUGUCGAUCCUCUUCUGGAUGUUUACCCAAUCAGCAUCGAUGGGUGGCAGGACAAUACAUUCAUCAAACGAGCACGGGAACGUAUGAAGUUGGAAGCAACUCCCCCACCUCCUGAUACAAGUCUUUCUCGAGGCUUCUCUUGGAUCGACACGAGUACAAUGACCAUAUUCUCCAAUGAACCGAACAACUCUAAGCACGGUAAUUUGUAGCCUACAUCCGUUUUUUCCACGGACAAGUUUGUGAACCUCCCAUUUUUAUCAGUAUUCCUGAUUAUUUUGAUUUGCAUAUUUUUGCCUGUGAUGAGAUAAACCUACUCCGAGAG